AAGGGAUGCUAUCCCCGCACGGUUGCGAUACAUCCAAGACUUCCGGAUCAACAUUAGAUUGUAGAGAAAUGUGCUGAUUUCUGCUGAGUCCAAUUUCUCCCGUGCAACUAACGCGACUGAAGCCCAUUGUGUCUCUCCACAGACCUCCCGCAGCAUUCUCCAGAAAACUGUUGCUUUUUUAUUGUGUUCUACUUUCAGCUACAAUUGGGGCGAGUUGAUCGGCCGGUGUUUGAGAUGCCACAGCGGGCUGAGCUGGAGGUAAGGAGAAGAGACAGAAGGGUCUGACCGGAAUUGAGCUGUUUAAAGUGGACGCGAUGGAGCAGAGAGAGCAGGUACUCCUAAUUCUGUGAGGAGAGAUGCUGAAGGCACUACUCAUGUUGCUGUAGUCGGCAUAAACCUCAAAAAUGAUGAAUUUUCGGAAGACCAAGUUUGCAAGAUUUAUGAAUAACAGAGUGCCUGCCAAUCGAAGAUAUGAACCCACAGAGUAUGAACAUGCGGCAAACUGUGCUACCCAUGCAUUCUGGAUUAUCCCCAGCAUCCUUGGCAGUUCCAUCCUCUGUGGCCUUUCAGACGACCAAUGGGAAAUGAUCUCAGCAUGGAUCUACGGGUUUGGGCUGUGUGGCCUUUUUAUAGUCUCCACUGUCUUUCACACCAUCUCCUGGAAGAAAAGCCAUUUCCGAACAAUAGAGCAUUGCUUCCAUAUGUUUGACAGGGUGGUGAUCUACUUCUUCAUUGCUGCGUCUUAUGCCCCCUGGCUGAAUCUUCGAGAGCUGGGCCCUUGGGCAUCUCACAUGCGCUGGAUCAUAUGGAUAAUGGCCUGUGUAGGAACCAUCUAUGUGUUUCUGUUUCAUGAACGGUAUAAAAUUGUGGAAUUGAUCUGCUAUAUGAUCAUGGGCAUCUUUCCUGCACUCGUCAUUCUAUCAAUGCCAAACACCGCUGGACUGUUUGAAUUGCUGGUGGGUGGUUUCUUCUACUGCCUCGGAAUGUUGUUCUUCAAGAGCGAUGGUCGGAUUCCAUUUGCACAUGCAAUCUGGCACCUUUUUGUGGCUAUCGGAGCAGGCGUCCAUUACUAUGCCAUCUGGAGGUAUCUUUACCGUCCGGCCAUGUUGGAAAUGAGGACUUCCAAGUGAUCCGAUUGCAAUCAGUAAGGAAUAGUGCACAUAGUGAUCAAAAAGGAAAAGAAUGCAGCAAACAAAAUUGCUUGAGAACAUUACAGAGAUCUCUGGGUCAUGAUAUAAAGGCGUAAAAAUCAAAACCAGAUACUCUGGGAUCUGCUGUAGGUCUUUCAGCACUGAAUUGCCAAUUCAAAGGCCAGUAUUAAACACAGAUUCAGAGAUACACACAGACACAAUAGCAUUCAGACACAAACACACACAGAUACACACACAAAAACACAAACAAGUACAGCACACACAACA